UAGGAAGUUGAUUUUCUAAACAGACUGACACUGAGGGGAGGCAGCAAAACUAUAAGAAGUCUGUCUUGGACAGACGGCAGAAAGCCAACCGAGUUGCAAAGGAGAUGGCCAGCUGCCUAAAAGCCAUCUGGAGCUGGAGAUUUCACAGAGUGGUCUUCAGAAGUGCACAACUUUUUUUCUUCUGUGCCCUGAUCUACGAACUAGUGAACCAGAGAGAAGUGGCAGCGUGGACUUACCAUCACAGCAACAAAACAUACUCAUGGAACGAUUCCCGGGAAUUCUGCCAGAAGUACUACACAGAUCUAGUGGCCAUCCAGAAUAAAAAUGAAAUUACUUACCUCAAUGACGUCUUACCUCGCCAUAGCUCUUACUACUGGAUUGGGAUUCGAAAGAUCAAUAAUAAAUGGACCUGGGUGGGAACCAAAAAGACCCUCACCAAGGAGGCCGAGAACUGGGCUGACAACGAGCCCAACAACAAGGGGAACAACCAGGACUGUGUGGAGAUAUACAUCAAAAGCCCAAGAGCCCCCGGCAAGUGGAAUGAUGAGCCCUGCUGGAAAAGAAAGCGGGCUCUAUGCUACACAGCCUCCUGUCAGGACACAUCAUGUAGCAAGCAAGGAGAGUGCAUCGAGACCAUUGGGAACUACACCUGUUCUUGCUACCCCGGAUUCUAUGGACCAGAAUGUGAAUACGUCACGGAGUGUGGAGAAUUUGACCUCUCUCAGCACGUGCUCAUGAACUGCAGCCACCCUCUGGGAAACUUCUCUUUCAACUCAGAGUGCAGCUUCCGCUGUCCCGAAGGGUUCAAAUUGAAUGGACCCAGCAAGCUGGAAUGUUUGGCUUCUGGAAUGUGGACAAAUUACCCUCCGCAGUGUGUAGCUGUCCAGUGCCCACCCUUGAAGACUCCUGAGCGAGGAAACAUGACCUGUGUGCAUGCUGCAAAAGCAUUCCAGCUCCCGUCCAGCUGCAGCUUCAGCUGUGAAGAGGGAUUUGCAUUAGUCGGGCCAGACGUGGUGCAGUGCACAGCCUCGGGGGUGUGGACAGCCUCAGCCCCAGUGUGUAAAGCUGUGCAGUGUCAGCGCCUGGAAGCCCCCAGCCAAGGAACCAUGGACUGUGUUCAUCCCCUCGCUGCCUUUGCAUAUGGUUCCAGCUGCAAAUUUGAGUGCGAAGCUGGUUAUCGAGUGAGGGGCUGGGACACACUAAACUGUACUGGCCCUGGCCAGUGGACUGGACCCUUGCCAGCCUGUGAGGCCAUUGCAUGUGAGCCACUGGAGAGUCCUGUCCAUGGAAGCAUGGAUUGCUCCCCAUCCUUGAUGGCAUUUCAGUACAACACCACCUGUAGCUUCCAUUGUGCUGAGGGUUUCGUGCUGAGAGGAGCUGAUGUAGUUCAGUGUGCUGAAUUGGGACAGUGGACAGCGCCAGCCCCGGUCUGUCAAGCUUUGCAGUGCCAGGAUCUAGCUCCAAACAAGGCCCACGUGAACUGCUCCCACCCUUUUGGUGCCUUCAGGUACCAGUCAACCUGCAGCCUCACCUGUGACGAGGGCUUCCUCCUGGUGGGGGCGCGCGAGCUGCAAUGCUUGGAUACUGGGCACUGGAGCGCCCCUCUUCCGGAAUGCCGAGCCAUUACCUGCACACCUCUGCCAAGCCCUCGGAAUGGAACAAUGACCUGUGUCCGACCUCUUGGAGAUUCCAGUUAUAAGUCCACAUGCCAAUUCACCUGUAAUGAGGGAUUCUCUUUAUCUGGACCGGAAAGAUUGGAUUGCACUCCAUCUGGACACUGGACAGGUUCCCCACCGAUGUGUGAAGCCAUCAAGUGCCCAGAAUUAUUUGCCCCAGAGUGGGGAAGCUUGGAUUGUUCUGACACUCAUGGAGAAUUCAAUGUUGGCUCCACCUGCCAUUUCUCCUGUAACAAGGGCUUCAGGCUGGAAGGGCCCAACAAUGUUGAAUGCACAGCUUCUGGAAGAUGGACAGCACUUCCACCAACCUGCGAAGGUGAGAAAUCAGUUCCUACUCCAGAGGUGCGAUGCCCAGCUCUCAUCACUCCAGAGCAGGGAACAAUGUCCUGUAGGCACCAUCUGGGAACCUUUGGUUUGAAUACCACUUGUUACUUUGGAUGCAAAGCUGGAUUCACGCUCACAGGAGACAGUGCUGUCAGAUGCAGACCUUCAGGACAAUGGACAGCAGUAGCUCCAGCGUGCAGAGCUGUCAAAUGCUCUAAGCUGCACGCUAUUGAGCCAGUAGUGAUGAACUGCUCCAACCCCUGGGGAAAUUUCAGCUAUGAAUCAACUUGCAGCUUCCAUUGUCCAGAUGGUCAGUUACUCAAUGGCUCAGCAAGUACAGCAUGCCAAGAGAGUGGCCAGUGGUCAGCUACCAUGCCAACCUGCCAAGCAGGGCCGCUGACAAUCCAGGAAGCCCUGACUUACAUGGGUGGAGCAGUGGCUUCUGCAAUAGGUUUGGUGAUGGGUGGGACACUCCUGGUUCUGCUAAGAAAGCGUUUGAAACAAAAAGAUGAUGGGAAAAGUCCCUUGACUGCUCAAAGCGACCUAGGAACAUAUGGAGUUUUCACAAAUGCUGCAUUUGACCCAAGCUCUUAAAAAACUGUCCUUUGAGUGGUCACCUCAAUCAACUUCCACAGGAUUCUAUUUUUGAGUACCAGCUUUCCUACUAGACUUGAUUUUAACUGCAGUGUAAUUGCUGCAGUUUUCUGUAAAUACUUGUGAAUAAAAGACAUGGAAUUUCCUUUCGAUUAGCUCUGAACCAGAGCAGAAGGAUUGUACCACAAGCCCAAACUCUCCACCCACCAUCCUUUCCUGUUCCACCUCUCCUCUUCCUCCAACAUAAGGCUCAGACGCCAGGACUGGAUGUUUCUGCAGUGGUCUGUGGGCUUUGCCCUGGCUGUCACUGGAAAUACCAAUUAGCCAGAGACUGGAGCGUCUGACUCACCAGAAGACCAGACUGGGGGGGAAUAAAAUGCCUCUACUUUGUUGGAAGGCAGGCAGUGUCUUUGACUUGAAGGAAUUCCUGCAAGGACUUCUGGGGUCUUCGGUGGUUGCUGCUUAUGAAGCUUGUUAGACCUCUGCUACAAGCCUUCCAGAGAAGCCUCUGGAUGGUACCAGAGGCUGCAGACGAUCAGGAAUCAAGACAGGAAGGCACACAUCACCGCAGACCUUCCCUCUACCAGUCACUCUCUCCCUAAGGACUCAAAGACCAAUAUUCAAAUGUGUAAUUUGUGUAAUUAAAAGGAUUCUCCCCAAAUGCCAUGUUCUUCUAUUUGAUAUUUUGUUUAAUAAAGUCUUUGUUUGCCAUCAAUGUAAUGCACAAU